AAGAUGAUUGUUUCUUUGACAAAAACACGUUUGACUUCGGUUACACAGCAUGGUCGCAACAUUCGAUGUAUUCUGGUUUGCGCUCGAAUACUCCUGCAAGAUGGCUCAAACGAGGAAACAAGGAGGCUGGUGAGCGCUGUUUUGCGAUAUUUGAUCGAACGGGACACAUCAGAUAAAGUGGUACCAGUGUUAUGUUAUGCAGUUACAAUUGUUCCGGAACUUGCCGAUGAAUUGUUGUUUGAACAAAAUGAACAGUAUGAAGUACUGCGCCGCAUUGUAGCUGUACAUUUGGCAUCAAGGGAUGAGUUGUGCGCUAUUUUUAACAAAGUCAUCAUGUCACGUCUGAAGAAAACUACAUCAAUUAGCAGCCUCACUUGCUUAACAAAACUUGAUGAUGCUAUCUAUCGUGGUUGGUUUGAAGAAGCUGUAAAUGGCGCUGUGAAUACCAGUGGUUUGGAUUUGCAUUCUUUGGAGGUAUUGAUUUUUGCAACACAUCGUCUUGUUCCGUCUAAGGAAGCACUUGUAUAUCCAUUGUUAGCUGAAUGUUUCGGGACAAUAUCCAGUCAUUUUUCGCCAAAGGAAAAGGGCGAAAAAAGUACUGAAAAUCGCUUAUUGCAUUUUGGUUUAAACGAUUGGCUACGAGUGUUGAAGCCUUUAACGAAGUACGUGCACCUUCGGUGA